GCCGCAGCCCUCUGCCCAGCUCUGCAACCCAUUAGUGCGAGUGAUCGUGGCCCAGGGUGUGGACCUGGCCUGCUCGCCACCCGGGCCCCGGGGACCCAGGGCUUAUAUACCCUUGCCCCAGGAUGCUUGGGCCGGAGGCCAAGGAUUAGUGGCCGGGGUUCAGGGCAGGGUGCAAAGCGGCAUUUGCGGUGUCUGGAAGGAGCCCCCCAAGGAACGCAGGAGACCUGGGCUCAGCUCCUGGCUCACCCUGACUUGGUCCUGAUGGGCAGCAAACUUGUUUGUGGAUGAAGGAGCUGGAGCCACUCCCCCACUCCUGCUGCGGGGAGCACAGGAGGAAGCUAGGGCUGGUAAAGGUGAAUACUCACGUGCACAGAACCCAGUGCAUCGGGCUUCGGGAACCAGCUGGAUCUGAGGUGACACGGCCCAUGCCUUGAGGCCAGGAGACGCCAUGCCCUGGGAAGCAAGGCCCGGGGGCAGUGCGGACGGCGGGCCCGAGGGCGCGGGAUCUGCGCGCUUGCGGGUACAGAAGCAGUGCCGGAAGUCAUCCUUCGCCUUCUACCAGGCGGUGCGCGACCUGCUGCCCGUGUGGCUGCUAGAGGACAUGCGUGCCAGCGAGGCCUUCCACUGGGACGAGCGCGGCCUUGCUGCCGCCUACUCGCCGUCCGAGGCGCUGCUCUACGCGCUGGUGCACGACCACCAGGCCUACGCGCACUACCUGCUGGCCACGUUCCCACGGCGCGCGCUCGCCACACCGAGCGCCGGCUUCCGCUGCUGCACGGUGCCUGGCCCGCACGUGGCUCUGGCGGUACGCUACAACCGCGUGGGCAUCCUGCGCCGCAUCCUAAGAACGGUGCGUGACUUUCCAGCAGAGGAGCGUGUGCGUUUGCUGGACCGGCGUGGCUGCAGCCGUGUGGAGGGCGGUGGCACAUCGCUGCACGUGGCCUGUGAGCUGGCGCGACCCGAGUGCCUCUUUCUGCUACUUGGCCAUGGUGCUUCCCCAGGCCUGCGUGAUGGCAGCGGUCUCACACCCUUGGAGCUGCUGCUACGCCAGCUGGGCCGUGAGGCCAGUUUAGUCCCUGCUGCUGCUGCUGAAGCCUCCUCUGCCAAUGGCAGUGCCUCCACUACCAGCUCCACUGCCCCUGGGGAGCUGUGUCAGCGCCGCCUGCUGCUACUUGACCUGUUGGCGCUAUACACACCCACGGGCGCUGCGGGCCCAGCUCGGUGUGAGCUGCUGGGAGACAGGCUACGCUGGCAGCGGCUGCUGGGUGAGGACAAGUUCCAAUGGCUGGCAGGGCUGGCACCACCAUCCCUCUUUGUACGGGCCAUGCAGGUGCUGGUCACCACCAUCUCACCUGGCCGCUUCCCUGAGGCCCUGGACGAGCUGCCUCUGCCGCCCUUCCUGCAGCCUUUGGACCUCACGGGCAAGGGCUAGAUUCAGUGACACCCUUGGUACCAGAUUAGGGGACAGAAGUAUUUUUCAGAGCAUUGUACCCAGCACUUUACAUACAUAUAUCCAUCUCUGCACAGAACAAUUUACUUGGUCAGUUGCAUGCAUUUGGGGUUGUGUAAGGAAGGCUCAGAGUCACAGGUUUUCUGGGUGGGACUGGACCCAGUUCUCCCACACUCCCCAAGUGCAACAGAGAGUCCUGUACCAGUUCCCUGCUCAGGUGAGGAUCUGGAGCCCCAGAGAGCUGACAGCUGAGCCAGCAGGGGCCCAGCAGGCACAGCAAUACUUGACCAACCCACAGGACAGGCCCUGUGCAGUUCUGACAGGCCUUCCUGGGUGGUCAGCCUCAUAAACAGCUCAUGGAGUUGGACUUGAUCCUAUGUUCAAGAGGACAAGUAGGGCUGGGUAGGCAGCUGGGGCAGGAGUUGAAGACUGGAGGCCAGUCUGUACCUCAUGUCCUUACCCCAUUCUGAAUCACUGGCUUCCCGUCCAGACAUGCAGUUGUCAUCCCCUUUUGCCCUUCAGUCAGGACCAGCAGGUGCUAGUCCUUGGCUUCUGGCAAGCCCCACUCACUCUACCUGCUUUACCCUAGGCCAAGGGUCCCCAGCCUCAUGCCCUCUCAUCAGGGCUAUGCCUGUUGUCCCAGCCUGCCUCUGGCUAGCCCCUGGGAUAGGUUCCUGGCCUGCCCACAAUAGGUGUCAGGUGGUACCUGUCAUAGGGCUAUGUGUCCUCGCCCUGAGCUAGGCGUCUUACCCAGCCUGGUGAGUUAGUUUCUGCAGGAAAGUUCUGAAGAUGGAGGCUUGGUUAGCAAAUGCACCAUCAUCCUUGAGGACCAAGGGAUCCUGCCUGCCAAGCUGCAGCCACACCCUGAGGGGUCUCAGGAUUAGGGAGAAGGGCCAGGCUGUCCUGCCUGGGAAUUUUGCUAGGCUGUGAAAUUCAACCUUUGUGACAUGGACCUGUGGACCAUGAUGUGCUGCCAGGAGUGGAGGCCACCAGUCUGUGAAGUGAUCAGCCUCACAAGCACACCUGCUGCCCACUUUGCCCAGUGCUCCUGAAUACAGAAUUCCUGGAGGUGGCAGGCUCCAUGGCGUUGGACCACCAGGAGGGUUGGGGAAAGCCUGGACCUGCCACCCCUAUCCUAGCCUGUGACCUUUCAAGGGGUUUUGGGCCAUUUCGCAGGUGGCAAAAGGAUGUGACCCCCCACCCCCACCCUAGGAAUGUAUAGAGCUGGAGGGUACCAGCUCUGUAUUGAGCCUGGGUCCAGGCUGGAGGCUCCACUUGCCUCCUGCCUGUCCUGUGCCUGUUAAAUAGCCUCUGAGCCUUGGAGUUGGUAAAUACUAUCAUCUUCCCCGCACCAUGUUUAGAGCAUUCGAGGCCGGGCUUCUGGGAGGUUCCAUGUCUUCAGAUUAAAGAUGGCACGGCAGUGGCAUUGCCGCCUUUGCAGGACAUGAACGUGUUGUAGUAGCUCCUGGCGAAGCCUAGAAAGCUGUUUAUUGGGAAUGCCAACUCCCCUUGUGUGCCUAGCUCAGCUCCUUUGGAGUCAGCUGGUCCAGGGCUAGGUGCUCCUUUGUGUCCCCUCUAGACACAGAGCUGCUUUUUGAAUGACAGUCUCCCUUGAGCUGCCUGGGGGUGGGGGAUAUUUGCAAGGUAGGGCCUUGUGGGAAGAACUAGCAGGAGGUCAAAGGUACAGGGAAGGCUGACCUCAGAGGGGUGGUUUGGCCAGGAUGACUAACAGCUCAUUGGUGUGGCAGUCACCAUGGAGUUUGCUUCAUCACUGCAGAGCAGCCCAUUGGGAGGCCCCUAGGUCGCUGUGUCAGGAUGGGUACAAAGGCAGUGGGGGAACCCAUAUUGAUUUGGCUGGGGCCUCAGCACUGGGAGGUUGAAGGAAGCAGGCCUAGGGGGACAGAGAGACCCAGCCAGCUUCCUGAGUGGCCUGAUUCUUGGCACAUCUCUUCCCUGUCGUGUCCUGGGCCAGGCCUGCUCUUUGGGAAGCAGAGGCACCAGCAGAUCAAGCACGACCUCACUAUCGGGCGGCUGCUGCCAAGCAGAAGGUAGGUGGGUGACUCAGUGUGUGGCUUAUCUGUCCUCUGGGCACUUCAGCCCCAGGAAGGGCUGUGAGAACUAUGGUACCACCUGCCACCCCUAGUCAUGAGCUUGCAGGACUGGGCAGAUCUGGAAGAGGACCAGAGCCUGCCAGGCCCUGUGCCCAUAUCCCUUGGCAGACAGCAGUUUCUCUAUCAGCUUCUGGCAGGUGACCUUGAUGGCUCCAAAACAUGUCCUGCCUGGAACAAGUCUCAUUUUUCUAUGGGGUAAAACAAGUUUUUCAUUUGUUCAGUUAAUGAAUUUCAUAAGUAUGUGUGGUUCUGCCCCCCACAAAUGCAUGUGUUCCCAGAGGCCCUGCACCGCACCCCCAGUUAGGAGAUCAGGAGCCAAAUUUCUGGUCCCCAAUGUCUGUUUGGAAGGACAGUGAAGGGGGCCACUGUCACUGUGAGGUCCCUCACUGAGAGUGCUUCACCACCCCAAGGUCUGCCGACUUCAUACCCAGGCCUCAGAGGUGUCUUGGAAGAGGUCUGCCCUGGUGGUGUGGCCCGCUGUGCCCCCACCUUUGGCCUGUGCCUGCUUUGCUCACUGACUUCAGUUCUAACCUUGAUUUUCCUAUGUGAUUUUUCCUCCUGCCCAUUUCUUCACCAGCCUUAGAAUACUUAGGAGAGCAGUUCCCCAGGUUACCUCGAAUCCUGUUGAGAGAAGGCCUCCCAGGAGGCAGAAAGGAGGGGAGAAUACACGAGAGUUCCAGAGGGCUUCCCCUUGCUCAAGCUUGUUUCCAGCAGUAACUGUAGUCUACUGUGUGGUGCUGGCCUGUGACUCCAGCACACAGGUGCUGGGGCAGGAGGAUAAAGAAUUCAUGGCCAGAGUUGAGAUGUGGUUCAGUUGGUAGA